CGCGUCUGCCGGAGGGUGCGAUUUCCUCUCGGCGCCCCUCCAAGCCAAUCCAGACAGUCCAAGCCCGAAUGUUCCCGAGCCCAUCUUCGAUUGAUAUCACUGCAGGCUCUGCAAAGAGCCCACCCGUCACUAGUCACUGGCGAGCUGGUGCCCUCUGACCGAGAUGCUGCUGUAGAGCGCCGCGGGCAAGGGUCACACGACGCGCAUUCGCAGCAGCCCUCCCCCCCAUGUUCUUCUGUUCGACGCGGCACAACUAUGACCCCAGCGAGUCCCACGACGCCACACAGCUCUGGGAUCUUGGCGUCGUGAUCGUGUGUGAUAGAUUCCGCUUGACUGGCUUUCUAAUACUCAGUCAGUUACAACUUACGGCGCUCGCCGCGCAGCGAUCGCACACAUAAAAAGGACAUGGCCUAGCGAUGGUGUGGGACUACGGCCCUCGCCCCCUCUUCGAACUUUUUCUCCUGGUCCGCGAUGCACAGCGCUGUGGCGCUUUUCUCACUCGUUUCGUUCCUUCUCUGCACCCCGUCCAGCGCGGUCAAACUCGCCAUUUCACGGCCUCCCAAGGCCAGCGCGAACGUCAACGGCAACUUGAUCAACAAAGGCAACCUACGCUAUACUGCGAACAUCACGAUCAGCGGGCGCGUCGUGAAUGUCGCCCUCGACACCGGCAGCACGGACCUUUGGGUCAUGCCUCCCGAAGGUGUCCCGAAAUUCAACGACACGCACCUGAAUGCGACGCUGCGGUACGGAGACGGAUCCGACUACGUCUUUGGCGACAUCGGGGUCGGGCAGUUCCAGCUGAACCAGUACACGAUCCCGCACCAGGCGUAUCUGAACGUGUUCCAAGCCGCCGCAGCCGAGGACGCGGACUUUGCCGACGGGAUCUUUGGUCUGUGGGGUCUUGGCUUCGACACGCCCGGCUCGUCUGGGGUCAACGACGCGAUACAGACCGCCUACGGCCCGUCUGCCAAGUGGGGCCAGUCUGUGCUCGCCAACAUCUUUGCGCAAGACCCUACCAAGGCCGACUACAUCGGAAUCGCACUGUCUCGCAGCGGUGAUGCUGGUGGCACCGCUGACGCGUCGCUGACCAUCUCUGAAUACGACUCGGACUAUGACAAGGUCGCCAGCUCGCCUAAAAUACCGCAGACACCGGCUGAUUCGGGGGCGUGGACAGUCCCGCUCGACGGCAUGUCUGUGGGAGGGAAGAAGAUCGACUGGCCGACCACGAUGAGGAGCGCGACUCCUGGAAGCAACAUUGUCCACCUCGACACCGGCACCACGAACGUCAUGAUGCCCGCAAAACAGGUCGCUGCGAUCUACGGCUCGGUUCCCAACGCCGUGUUUGCGCCGAACGACAUCAUGUGGAUCCCGCAGACGCAGUACAGCACCACGAACGCAGUCUGGGUUGUGCCCUGCAACGCGUCCAUCAGCGUCGUGGCCACUUUCGGCGGCCAAGACUAUGCCAUCCAUCCGUUGGACAUGACGGACAUGCAAGUCGUCACAUCGCCGGACGGGACACGCAGCUACACGGUGUGCAUCGGCACCUUCACGGAUGUCGGCGCCAUCGUCUCCGGGGCGAGCGACGCUCUCUUCGGAGACUCGUUUUUGCGCAACACAUACACCGUGUACGGGCAGGCGCUCACUCACUCGCUUUCGCAUUUCCUCUUUGCUGACUGCAUCACACACAGAUUCGACUUCGCCACGGGAGGGAACGCAAAGCCGGGCUCCAAGCCUUUUGUGCAGAUGCUGUCCGUGACAGACGCCAGCAAAGCCCAAGCGGACCUCCUCUCUGUGCGGAGCACUCUGAUGCAGAACAUGCCCCCCGAGAUCGAUACCGUCGACUUUGUCAAAAUCUUCAAUCUGACCAAGAGCGCGGGCAAGACCGGUGCCCCUGCGCAUGGUGGCGGGGGCGGCGGUUCCAGCUCGAGCGCUGGGAGCGGAUCCAGUGCGGGCAGCGAUGCAGCAAGCAGCGGCGCCUCUUCCCUGACAUUCUCAUUCUCUUCCAUCGCUUUCCUGUCGCUCGCUGUCCUUGCUUUGUGUUGAUUGUAUAUCAUGCAUGUUUUCUUACUCGUAGAAGAUUGAAUUCAAUCGAUGCGUUUUCGUCGAGAUGGAACCAACAUUUUCUGGAAGAGUGACGCGAGCUGCAUAUCGCUGUCGUUCUCCCUCCGGUGACUGGC